AUGUCAUCUGACUGUGACACCCUUAGCAACGACUCCCACCCCAGCGACUUCAAUGAUGGGCUUGAGGCAAUCUUAGCGAAUGCUGACUUAUUUGAGAACCAUUCAAACAGGUCUACUCCAGAAAGCACCAGGGAUGCACUAGGCAUCCUGGCCAUGGGCAAGGCGCUCCAGUAUAUUCAUGCGUUUCAGCUUGUAGAUGAAUUUCAACUUGGAGCUGAACAGCACGAACAACUGGAGCCACAGCUAGAAGCUCCAAGUCAAGAUGGUCUUGAAGACGCUGAUGAAUCUCAUCAAAAGCGAAAAAGAUCUGAAGAUAAUGGUACCCCAUGCAACUUAGGUCGUGACGUUACUAACGCACGAGCAACGUCAGUACCUAUCAUCGAACUUCCGCCUGAGAAACGCAGGAAGAUCGGAAUAUUUGAAGGCGGAUUGGUGGCGAAGGUCAUGCAGGAAGUUGUUGGAGUGCGUGAGGCUAUGAGUAGGAUCGAAACAAUCAUCAACAGGCAAAAUGAAGUUCUUCAUGAAAUCUGUAACGCUAUUGAAAACCAUGGGAUGUGA